CACUAUGCUAGAUAGCUGUAAGCUGAAAACUGGAGGAACUUUGCCAUUUGGAUACAAUAAGAGAACAAAUGCAGUUGGGUCCAGCAAUGCAGAUCUCCUGUCAGCUAAUCCAGGAAUGUACCAGUUGGACAUCACAUUGAAGAAGGGACAAAAUUUAGCAGCACGGGAUCGUGGAGGGACCAGCGAUCCAUAUGUCAAGUUUAAAAUUGGAAGAAAAGAAGUGUUUAGAAGUAAAACAAUACACAAGAACCUCAAUCCUGUGUGGGAGGAAAAAACUUGCAUUCUUGUUGAUCAUCUUAGGGAGCCUUUAUAUAUAAAGGUCUUUGAUUAUGACUUUGGGCUUCAAGAUGACUUCAUUGGCUCCGCCUUUUUGGAUCUUGCUGCAUUAGAAUUAAACAGACCAACAGAUGUUACCCUGAGUCUAAAGGAUACCCAUUAUCCUGACCAUGAUAUGGGAACUAUAUUACUAUCAGUACUAAUGGCUCCAAGAGAAGAACAAAGGGAAGUGACAAUGCUAAUGAGGAAGAGUUGGAAAAGAUCAAGUAAGUUUCAGACCCAGAGUUUACGUCUGUCAGACCUUCACAGAAAAUCUCAACUAUGGAGAGGGAUAGUCAGUGUCACUUUGAUAGAGGGUCGUUGUCUCAAGGCCAUGGAUGCAAAUGGGUUGAGUGAUCCUUAUGUGAAGUGCCGUUUGGGGCAUCAGAAAUACAAGAGCAAGAUUGUGCCAAAAACUUUGAAUCCUCAGUGGAGAGAGCAGUUUGACUUUCAUCUCUAUGAAGAGAGAGGUGGAAUUAUUGAUAUUACUGUGUGGGACAAAGAUGCUGGCAAGAGGGAUGAUUUUAUUGGCAGGUGCCAGGUUGACCUGUCAGCCCUGAGUAAAGAACAAACUCACAAGCUGGAGUUGCAGCUGGAGGAAGGAGAAGGAUGCCUGGUAUUGCUGGUCACCCUGACGGCCUCAGCUGCAGUCAGUAUCUCUGACCUCUCUGUCAACUCCUUGGAGGACCAGAAAGAGCGAGAAGAAAUACUGAAGAGAUAUAGCCCAAUGAGGAUGUUUCAUAAUCUGAAGGAUGUGGGAUUUCUACAAGUGAAGGUCAUCAGAGCAGAAGCAUUGAUGGCAGCUGAUGUUACAGGUAAAAGUGACCCAUUUUGUGUAGUUGAGUUGAACAAUGACAGACUGCUGACACAUACAGUCUACAAGAAUCUCAACCCUGAAUGGAACAAAGUCUUCACAUUCAAUAUUAAAGAUAUCCACUCAGUUCUGGAAGUGACAGUUUAUGAUGAAGAUCGAGAUCGGAGUGCUGACUUUCUGGGCAAAGUUGCUAUACCAUUGCUGUCUAUUCAAAAUGGUGAACAGAAAGCCUACGUCUUGAAAAACAAGCAGCUGACAGGGCCAACAAAGGGGGUCAUCUAUCUUGAAAUAGAUGUGAUUUUUAAUGCUGUGAAAGCCAGCAUACGAACAUUAAUGCCCAAAGAACAGAAGUACAUUGAAGAGGAAAACAGACUGUCUAAACAGCUGCUACUAAGAAACUUCAUCCGCAUGAAGCGUUGUGUCAUGGUUCUUAUAAAUGCCGCCUACUAUGUAAACAGUUGCUUUGACUGGGAUUCACCCCCAAGGAGUCUUGCUGCUUUUGUGCUUUUUCUUUUUGUGGUUUGGAACUUUGAGAUCUACGUGAUACCACUGGCUUUGUUGUCGCUAUUGGCUUGGAACUACUUCUUGAUCAUAUCAGGGAAAGAUAACAGGCAACAUGAUACAGUAGUGGAGGACAUGCUAGAGGACGAGGAAGAAGAGGAUGACAGAGAUGACAAGGAUAGUGAAAAGAAAGGAUUUAUCAAUAAACUUUAUGCCAUCCAAGAGGUUUGUGUCAGUGUCCAAAAUGUCCUUGAUGAAGUGGCUUCACUUGGAGAAAGGAUAAAGAAUACAUUCAACUGGACUGUCCCAUUCUUAAGCUGGCUGGCAAUUGUUGCCCUCUGUGUGUUCACAGUCAUCCUGUAUUUCAUUCCACUGAGAUACAUUGUCCUUGUCUGGGGCAUCAAUAAAUUUACAAAGAAACUUCGAAGUCCAUAUGCAAUUGAUAACAAUGAGCUACUUGACUUCCUUUCCAGAGUCCCUUCAGAUGUACAAGUGGUGCAAUACCAAGAACUGAAACACGAUCCCAGUCACAGCCCAAGUAAGAGGAAGAAAAACAAUCCUGGCUAGCCAGCUUCAUGUUCUGAGAGGACUAGCGUCUGCUGGGGGAAGAUAAAAGGAAAAGCCCAAAGCCUAAGCUGCACUUCCUUUCUUUAAGCUUUUUAUUUUGCCUUUUUAUCCAAUGGAGAGAAUUUGUAAAUAUUGUACAAAGGCAUUUACCAUUGAAACUAUACUUACCAUUGUAGAGACAAGUUUGAUGAAGGUUUAAAGUAUGGCUUAUGCUUGUGUGAAAGCCUUAUAAAAAACAUAACCCAUUACAAGAAUUAAUGUAAAAUAAUAAGUGGCAGAUAUUUUGUAAUGUAGAAGAAGGCACAUAUAAAUAAAUAUUCAAGUCACGCUGAUUAAAUCUGCAAAAAUGUAAAUUUAAAUCUGAUUCAAAAAAGGCAAGUGAAGUUUUAUUUGUGAGCAUUAAUAUUUGUAUUCUGUAAGUCUCCAUUACGCUUUUUCUAUGUUUAUACAUUUCAAGAGAAAUACAGUGCAAUGGAAUCUACUGUACUUCAGUUUUAUCAGAAAUCCUGAACUUUAGAUCCCAGUGUUAACAUCUUGUACAAUGUAUUCAUGCUGACUAGGACUGCUUGUAAGCUCAUGAAGUGUAUACAAAGAGUGAAUCCCUUUCUGGGACUCCAUUAACUGAAGAAGUUACCUGCCACUUUUAUCAUUCCAUCGUAAGAUUUUAAAAUACAUACAUCUCUCUAAAAAUACUGCCAGGUUUGUAAUUGCAUAUGUAACUUUUUAUAUGUACCACUGAUCUUAAUUUGUACUAACUAGUUUGCACCUGACCUCAGUACUUUAUUCGCUAAAAAAAAAUAUUAUCACACUUAAAUCCAUGUCGCUUCAGGUGUCAGAUUAUGAACACCAUUUGUGCAUAUACAAAUUUUAAUACCAAACUUACAGAAAAUGUUUUUGCUUUCUAAUUGCAAGGUCAUAUUUUAAAUGCUUUAUGGUAUAUUUAAUUAUGUGUUACCCAUGUGAAAUAUAGUGUAAAAAUGCAGUGUGGUAAAAGUGAUAUUACAGUUUAUUUCUUUAGUUAAUUAUAUAAUUGGUUCUGAUACAGCUGUGCCCUAUUGCAUUGCAUGUAAAUUCAAUGAAACAUACAGAAAAAUGGUUUCUAUUUAAAAUAUUUUAAAUAGUUGUGGGAUAAUGAAUUCUUUGGGACAUAUUCUCACAUCUCUGCAUGGAGAGUUAUACACCUGGCUCUCCAUAUAGCAAGUUGAGAAUAUAUUACUAAGGGCCUCAUUUUAUGUCUGCUACUUAAACCUCCUUGUGAUGUCAGAGGGAAUUUGGUCCAAGUAAAAACUUCAGGACUGUGCCCUCAGUAACUAAGCCAUUC